GUCCCCUUCCGAAUACAAAGAGGGGUAAGAGAGUGAGAACUCAAGAGGCGGGGGUAAAAAAAAAAAAAAAAGAAAGAAAGAAAGAAAGAAAAAAAUGGAGCUCCUCCUAAAUUUCUCACUAACUCCCUCUCCUCUUCUCCCUUCGUCAUCUCCUCCUCCCAAAACCCAAUUAUCCCCCAAAACCCUAAUAACCCUACAAAACCCUAGACCCACCAAACCAUCUCCUCCUCCCAAAACCCAAUUAUCCCCCAAAACCCUAAUAACCCUACAAAACCCUAGACCCACCAAACCCCGCCUCCCAAUCUCCUGCCGCAGCUCCAACUACUUCGACCAGCAGCGGUUCUCCCCCACGGCGCCGCCCUCUCAACCCCCCGCAGGUUCGGUUUCUAGGGUUUUCGUUGGGUACUCGAUCUACAAAGGGAAGGCGGCGCUCACCGUGGAGCCGAGAGCGCCUGAAUUCGCUCCCUUGGAUUCAGGAGCGUAUAAGGUGUCGAAGGAAGGUUUUGUUCUGCUUCAGUUUGCGCCAGCUGUGGCUGCACGGCAGUAUGAUUGGAGCCGGAAGCAGGUCUUUUCUCUAUCUGUGACGGAGAUUGGAACUUUGAUGAGCCUUGGCGCAAAGGACUCAUGCGAGUUUUUUCACGAUCCAUUUAAAGGGAGGAGUGAUGAAGGAAAGGUUAGGAAGCUCCUGAAGGCAGAACCUCUUCCUGAUGGCACAGGGCAUUUCUUUAAUCUCAGUGUUCAGAACCGCCUCCUAAAUGUGGAUGAAAGCAUCUAUAUUCCUAUAUCGAAAGCAGAGUUUGCUGUGAUGAACUCGACCUUCAAUUUUAUUUUGCCACAUCUUCUGGGUUGGCAAGCUUUUGCAAACACUAUAAAACCUGAGGACUCCAUGCGUUCAAGCAACACCACCUCAGCAUCUGGGGCUGAGUUGGAAUGGGGCAGAUGAAUUAUCUAUCAGUAUCAAGACGAAUGAAGGAAAUCAAACAAGGUUAACCACAUCCAUUCACUCGGGUCUCGUGAUCCUCAUGUUUUUUUUUUCUGCAAAUGAAUGUCGACCACCAUUUUCUAAUUUUGUGCUCGCCCUCAGGAUGAAUUUCUUUUUUUUUUUCCUUUUUUUUGUUGAGAUGGUGAAUGUGUAAUUAGUUUGCUUGUGUAGGUGAUUAGAACUUUUCUUCUUGUAGCCUCGAUGCUUGUAGGUGACUGUGUUUCUAGUUCAGAGGAAAACUUGUUCCUGUUUGCUGAU